GAAACCAACAACAAGAUAUGCGAAACUUCAGCGGGGCUGUCACUUCGAUUCGAUCUCUUUAGUAAGAGGGAUGGGAGUCUUACCAGGGACAAGCUUUUUAACUGUACUUUGCCUCAUCAUACUCCUGUCGGAGGGACAUUUUCGAUGGGUUGAGGCCCAGCACUGCGUGUGGUACGGCGAAUGUGGGGAGUCUGAGAAGGUGCCUGGAAAAAAGUACAACUGCAACUACACUGGUCCUGCCGUUCCGCUACCCUCUGAGGGUUCUGACCUUCUCACGGAACUUUGUCCUGGGUAUGACUAUGGAAACCGAAGCCUCUGCUGCAAUGUGGACCAGUUGCGCACGCUCAAAGGGAGCCUCCAGCUGCCCCUUCAGUUCCUGUCUCGGUGUCCUGCCUGUUUCUUUAACCUGAUGAACCUUUUCUGUGAGCUGACAUGCAGCCCCCACCAGAGUCAGUUCAUGAAUGCCACCGCAUUCAACGGUUCCAAUGUGUUGGAAGUACAGUACUAUGUUGGACAGACAUUUGCCAACGCCAUGUACAAUGCCUGUAGGGACGUCCAGGCACCAUCCAGCAAUGUGCCGGCCCUAUCGCUGCUGUGUGGGAAGGACGCAAAGGACUGCAACGCCACUAACUGGAUCCAGUACAUGUUUGAUAUUAACAAUGGACAGACCCCCUUUCCUAUCAUCCCGAUAUUCUCAGAUGUCCCGGUGUCUGGCUACACCCCCAUGAACAACAAGACAUACGCCUGUACCGAGGGCCUGGAGGAUGGUUCAGGUCCCUGCUCCUGUCAGGACUGCACAGCCGCCUGCGGCCCCAAACCUGUGCCUCCCCCUCUCCCCCCUCCCUGGACAAUCCUUGGCAUGGAUGCCAUGACUGUCAUCAUGUGGAUCUCUUACAUGAUCUUCCUGCUUGUCUUUGUUGGAGCUGUUCUGGGAGCUUGGUGUUACAGGAAACGGAUCAUCAUGUCCGAAUAUGGCCCCAUAUUGGACAGCAAUAACCCCCUGUCUCUCAACAGUGACAACCCUGACCAAGUGAAUGCAUCUUGCUGUGAAACACUUGGCGAGCGCUUCGAGAAUUAUCUGCGGAUCCUCUUCAGCUCCUGGGGCUCCUUCUGCGUACGACAUCCCUCUGUGGUCAUACUGGGCAGCCUGAUACUGGUGGUCGCCUCUUCUGGGGGUCUGUAUUAUAUGCAAAUCACCACAGACCCCGUCGAGCUGUGGUCGUCACCCACUAGCCAGGCUCGCCAAGAGAAGGACUACUUUGACAGCCACUUCGGACCCUUCUUUAGAACUGCGCAGCUCAUUAUAACCACCCCACUAAAUGACACUUUCCUAUACUCUCCGUACUUUGGAGGAUCGGACGUCCCAUUUGGUACCAUCCUGGACAAAGAUAUCCUGCACCAGGUGCUGGAUCUGCAGCUUGAUAUCGAAGGCCUUGUAGCUUCAUACGAGGGACAAAACGUCACAUUGAAGGACAUCUGCUUGGCCCCGCUGGCCCCGUACAAUGACAACUGUACCAUCUUAAGUGUCCUCAACUACUUCCAGAACAGCCACUCUGUGCUGGACCACACUAUUGGAGACGAAUUCUUCGUUUAUGCUGACUUUCACAGCCACUUCCUCUACUGUGUCAGUGCACCAGCUUCCCUCAAUGACACCACCCUCCUCCAUGAUCCCUGUUUAGGCACUUUUGGUGGCCCCAUCUUUCCCUGGCUUGCCAUGGGGGGUUAUGACGAAACCAACUACAACAAUGCCACCGCUCUGGUGAUCACCUUCCCACUCAACAACUACCUGAACGACACCGCCAGGCUGGGAAAAGCUCUUGCCUGGGAGAAAGAAUUUAUCAAGUUCAUGAAGAACUACAAAAACCCCAACCUCACCAUAUCCUUCAGCGCAGAGAGGAGUAUCGAAGAUGAGAUAGACAGAGAGAGCAACAGUGACAUCAGCACCAUAGUCAUCAGCUAUGCCAUCAUGUUCAUCUACAUCUCCUUGGCACUGGGUCACAUCCACAGCUUCAGGAGAGUGAUGGUGGACUCAAAGAUUUCUCUGGGUAUAGCAGGUAUCCUGAUUGUGCUCAGCUCGGUGUCCUCCUCCCUGGGCAUCUUCAGCUAUUUUGGUAUCCCCCUCACACUCAUCGUGAUUGAAGUCAUUCCUUUCCUGGUGCUGGCUGUCGGAGUAGACAACAUCUUCAUUAUCGUACAGACGUAUCAGAGGGAUGAGCGGAUGCCCCAGGAGGAACUUCACCAGCAGAUUGGUCGCAUCCUUGGAGACGUAGCCCCGAGCAUGUUCCUCUCAUCCUUCUCUGAAACAGUGGCCUUCUUCCUUGGAGCGCUGUCGAACAUGCCUGCAGUGAGGACAUUCUCCCUCUUUGCUGGCUUGGCUGUUUUUAUCGAUUUCCUGUUGCAGAUCAGCUGCUUUGUCAGCUUGCUCGGCCUGGACGCUAGAAGACAGGAGGGGAAUCGACUCGACAUUGUUUGCUGUGUGAAGCUGCCAGAAGGUCAGGAAGGCAAGACGGACAGCCUCCUCUUCCGUUUUUUCAAGAAAGUCUAUGCCCCAUUCAUUCUCAAAGAGUGGGUGCGACCGAUCAUUGUGGCCGUGUUUGUGGGAGUGCUCUCCUUCAGUAUUGCUGUGGUGAAUAAAGUAGAAAUUGGACUGGACCAAAAACUCUCCAUGCCUGACGACUCAUACGUGCUGGACUACUUUAAGAACCUGACCGAGUAUCUCCACACCGGAGCUCCAGUGUACUUUGUGGUAGAAGACGGUCUCAACUACAGUAGCCCAGAGGGCCAGAAUGUUGUGUGUGGAGGAGUGGGCUGCAACAACAACUCUCUAGUCCAGCAGGUCUACGCUGCGUCACUCAUCAGCAAUUAUACAACUGUUGCCUUCACACCAUCUUCUUGGAUUGAUGACUACUUUGACUGGGUGAAACCUCAGUCCACCUGUUGUCGAUACUACAACACAACUGGGGCCUUCUGCAACGCCUCGGUGGUAAAUUCCUCCUGUGUACACUGUCGGCCCAUGACUCCCAGUGGGAAGCAGAGGCCAUUGGGAGAUGACUUCAUGCAGUUUCUGCCCAUGUUUCUGUCAGACAAUCCCAACGUCAAGUGUGGAAAAGGUGGCCACGCAGCCUACGCCACAGCAGUCGACUUGUACCCUGACAACGCGGGGGUCGGAGCCACAUACUUUAUGACCUACCACACCAUCCUGAAAGAAUCCCCAGACUACAUACAUGCUUUAAAAAUGGCCCGAAACCUGGCUGAUAACAUCACUCAGUCCACAAACCACAAAGUCUUUGCCUACAGUGUCUUCUACGUGUUUUACGAGCAGUACCUCACCAUUGCGCAUGACACAGCUCUCAACCUUGGCGUGUCGCUUGCAUCCAUAUUCGUGGUGACGACGGUGCUGUUGGGCUUCGAGCUGUGGUCAGCUGUUAUCGUUAGCAUAACCAUCGCUAUGAUACUUGUCAACAUGUUCGGCGUCAUGUGGCUGUGGAGCAUCAGCCUCAACGCAGUGUCCCUGGUGAACCUGGUCAUGAGCUGUGGCAUCUCUGUGGAGUUCUGCAGUCAUAUCGUUCGAGCUUUUUCCAUCAGUGUGAAGAAGAACAGAGUGGAGCGUGCUGAGGAGGCCCUGGCUCACAUGGGCAGCUCUGUAUUCAGUGGGAUCACAUUAACGAAGUUCGGAGGCAUCCUAAUCCUGGCUCUUUCCAAGUCGCAGAUCUUCCAGGUCUUCUACUUCAGGAUGUACUUGGCCAUAGUGUUGCUCGGUGCCACACACGGCCUCGUCUUCCUCCCUGUGCUGCUCAGUUAUAUUGGUCCUUCAGUAAACAAAGCAAAGGUGUUUGCUGCUAACCAGCGCUAUGCUGGUACGGAAAGGGAGCGCCUCCUCAACUACUAGCAGGGCCGCUUGGGACAAUGAACAAUGAACUAACUGUCUGCAAGAGACUGGGUGUGAGCGCAAGCCGUUUGUGUGAUUACUGACGCACUCAUCAUCAUUGCCACUACUAUGCACGGAUUUAACUCAGGAAAAAGCUCGGGAAUGGGAGUGCCAGAGGCCUUGUCCAGCUGCAAACUUACAGAUAGUCCCCAGAAGACGUUGGAGCCCCCCACCCUUCCUUUCUCUUCACCUCUGCCUCCGCCUCGCACUACAGGACAAGCGUGACUUCCGUAGGUGAAGCAUGAGCACGGGACAAAAAAACAGAGUGGAAGUAGGAGAGACACCAUCCCCAACAUCAGCUGACAGACACUCUCCGUCAGUUCCAUAUGCUAUGAGAUGUUUUGAUUUGGGAAAACUCAGAAGGGUAAAGCUGGUCAGUUUUUACAUGCUUUUUUGUAAUAUAUACUAGAAGCGGCAAUGCGGAAAAGGAUUUUCUUUUUUUUUAUUAAUAACGUUUACUUUCAUGGGAUUUUUGUAGAACUGUUUGAUAUUAUGAAUUAAUAAUUUACUGGUACACCACUCACACUGGCACUGUCGGAUAACAGUAAUGAUAUCGCAGGCCCUCGUAUUACCUGGCAUCAACAUUUAUCACAUCUGGGGCUUUGUCUACAUACUGUAAUACAUAGCAGGCUAGCUAGUUGUAGCAUUUUCAGAUAGCAAUAAUUUGUUUACUGUGCAACUUACGCGUUUUGACCCACGCACACAGGAUUCAAAAUUAAGUUUGAGGGUUAAGUUUUGACUUUCGGCUUAAAGGGUUUUUUUAGACAUUUUCACAUCCAUGUUGAGAGAGGAGUGCGGGUAUUUUAGCGCCCUUUUCACUUUUAAAUAGGCUGAGUUUAAACUAAAGAUUUGAUUUACAUUUUCACAUUAAUACAACCAUUUUUAACUGUCUAGUGUUUCUUGCGUGAACUAGUGAGGGUAGCAACAUUUAAUCGACUAGUUGCACACAUUCCUACACUUGACAUAAAAAAAAAAAUGCUGGAUUUCUACAUUAAUCUGGAUAUGAACUCUCUCAAAAUUGAAAGCUCUUAGUAGUUUUAUUCAAAGGCUGCUCACUAAACUGGAUCAUGCCUGGUCUUUUAUUUCCAAAACUUUUAUUUACAUGAUCCAGUGCGACAUUUCAUCUUCGAGCGAGUUAAGUGUUUGCGUGAUGCUAGUGAAGAUACAUGUUGAUGCCAGGUGUAAAGGGUUGCUAAUAAUAAUGGUUUUACAUUGAAGUGUAAAUGGGACGCUGUGCAGUUACUAAACAAAACAUUUGUCGCAUCAAAACGUGGCAAGAGACAAAGCUUUACAUUUAACUGUACAUAGCAGACACAGGACUAACUUAGACUUAGACUUAGGCGUUAUUUGUAAUAUGUUGACACAGAAUACUGGAGAAUUAUUGGAUAAUGGUAUUGUCCGGCAUUACUCAUUCAUACACACUUAAGUUAUUGAUAUUUUAAUGUAAUAUUAACAUUUUGUUACCAUGCAUUGCUGUCUUUUAAACCCUUCCAGUGAAUCACUUUGUUUUAAAAGAAAGGCAAUACCAUGGACUGUCUUCAGCUGCCCCUCAACAUAUACUUUCAUUUGAAUAUGAUGUAGGUGCGAUGUUAACAUUUUCCUCAAGGUGUAAGGAUUCUGUUUUGGACCUUUUUAAAGAAAUCAUUCCUUCUUUGUGGUUUUUCUUGCUCCAUUGUUUUUUUGUUUUGUUUGGUUUUUUUCACGAUGCAGUAAUGUUUUAUGGAAUGUAAGUAAGAAUUGUGUCGAUGAAAAGUCAAAACCUGGAUUUAAACAGUGCUGUGCAUUGACAUGGACAAAUCAUCUCGACACCGAAGAACACUUGAUUGUGGUUGAAGAGAUUAAACCAAGCAUAUUUUAACUAUUUUAACACGUAUAUUAAAUAGUUCUCAGAAAAGUAAGUGUGCCUGCUUCUUGUUAUUUCACAAAGGUGUAUGCCUCUGAAUUAAUUUUGUUGUUUUUGAUUUAAAGGAGACCUAUCAUGUUUAUUCAGUUUUUUUUCUGUCCUUCAGUGUGUUAUUUAGAUUCUUGUGCAUGUAAAAGAAAGAAAAUUAAACAGCCUAAAGGUCCACAUCAAUAUAAUGAGCCUGAUAAUGAGA